ACAAAACUAGUGACAAUAUUUUAAAACCCUAAAUCAUUGCUACAUAAUCAACCAGUCUCUUAUCAACUGAUCAUCAUCACAACCCAAACCAAUCUCUCCAAAUAUCAAAAAUGGCAACGACUCACGCACAGGUUCCCGGCGAGCCCACCCCGACGAGCAUGGCCUUCCUUGAGACCGCGACAGCCGCGGUCCAAAACUUCAGCCCUAUCAAAAGCAUACACCAGCACCUUUGCGCCUUCCACUUCUACUCCCACGACAUGACCCGCCAAGUUGAAGCACACCACUUCUGUGCCCACCAGAACGAAGAGAUGCGUCAGUGCCUCAUCUACGACAGCGAAGCUGCUGACGCCAAGCUCAUCGGCCUCGAGUAUAUCAUAUCCGAGGCCCUCUUCCUCACCCUCCCGGACAGCGAGAAGCCGCUCUGGCACUCGCAUGAAUACGAGGUCAAGAGCGGGGUUCUCUUCAUGCCCAGCGUUCCGGGUCCCAUCGAGAGGCAAGACCUGGACAAGCUGUGCAAGACUUACGGGAAGACCAUCCAUUUUUGGCAGGUGGAUAGGGGGGACGAUUUGCCGCUCGGCAUUCCGCAAAUUAUGCUGGCUUUAACUAGGGAUGGACAGUUGCGACCGGAGCUCGCCAGAGACGUGGAGAGACGGUAUGGGGUGAGUUUUGAGGAGGAGAGGGAGAAGCGAGCGUAUAUGGCGGGGCCGAAUCUUGGGAUGCAUCCUUUGGCCAACGGAGGAGGAAAAGGGUUUAAGACUGAGCUCAAGGAGGUGGGCUGUAUGCCUGUUGAUUCUGUUCCCAGGGUCUUUGUUUGAGUCUCUAGCUAUGUAAAAUAUAAUAGCCUGCACUGAGUAGUAGUAUUUGUAUGUUUGGUAUGGUGUAAUUUUGUGAAUAAACUACUAGUUUC